CAGACGAGUAACCGGCAGCAGCGCAUCCAUCGAUACACUUUUGGACAGUCAUCUGAUCUCCGGGGAUGGAAGUCGCGGGUUGUUGUUUGAGGAGUCGGUUGCUAGAGCUAUCCCUGCAAAACUCGUCAAAAAAGUAGACUCGCAAGCAACUGGGUCAUAA